AUGGCCCAUGGAGCGCCCACUGCAUCCGACAGUAGUCUUGAUAAAAGCUACCGGAAAAUAACCACAGCACUGAACAUAAAACCGGUUGCGGAUAAAGGAAAAAUUACUGGUGCAGCGGCAGCAAGCGAUGCGGCUUUCCGUGCAGGUAUUUUGUGGUAUGCUUAUGAGUAUUCAAAGGAUGAACGGCUGAAGGCCGCGGCUAUGAAAGGGUCGGCAACGGUUCAGGAAACAGCGCUUGCCGGUAAGGCCGCUUCCUGCCCGGAUUACCUGUUGUAUGCAUUGGGUAAUGGCAGCCAUAUGGUUGGAGAUUCGUCUUACCAUACUUCGUUGAAUGCAGCUGCCGCAUUGUUGAACAAUUAUUAUGAUACACUCGCCGGUGUGAUCGUUUCUCCGGAAUACAGAUCCGCGGGAUGGGUAACUGCCGCCAGCCUGCCCAACCUGGAAUUAUUAUUCCGGGCAGCAAAAAAAACAGGCAUGACCAGUUAUUAUGACCAUGCGCUCAAACAUGCUACUACCUUCCUGGUGAAUUAUGUUCGCAAUGAUAGUACCGUUCAUCCCGUAUUGAUGUAUGAUACUGCCGGCCGGACAUGGAUUACACCGGCGGGUAUGCCCGACAGUACUUUUGAUGCAGGUAGCCAGGCCGAUGCUAUUUAUGGUUUUACCAUGAUCUACAGGAUGACAAGGCGAUGGGAGUUUCGGGUGGCUGCAGAAGUGGUGGCCGAUGCCUAUAUACGCAGGUUCCCGGCGGGACGGAUUCCCUUAAUAUCAACUGCCGACGAAACGGACACCUAUAGUGAUGUCCGUUCGGCUGCGAUGACGGCUGCCGCGUUGCUGGAACUGGGAGGUCUUGGAAUAGAUAAUAACCGGAAACGGAUCUAUUUUGCCCAGGCAAAAAGUAUCCUGAAAACCCUUGCCAGUCCUGAGUUUCAGGAUAUGAACAGUAAACAUACAAGGCUAUUAAAUGCAGGGUCGGUGACGUCUCCGGCUUAUCAGUCUAUUGCAGACUACUAUUAUUUACAAGCCUUAUUAAGGCUCAAAAAACUGGGUGAGCAGAAGCCGAUUGAUGAGCCGCUCUGA